GCGAUUCUUUUUUUUCGAUUUGUGUAACCAUAAACUUAUUUUAAACACCGAACAGAACCACGGUAAAUACAAGAAGGUAGUAUGUUUACUACUAGAAUUGUGUCAAUACACCACAAGAUGCAGGGUUAUCCCUACGAGUGCAGCAGAAGGCAAAUGCAUUUACCUAAAUCCGAUGCACAAAAUCUCGCUUUCUGCCUUUACACUUUGUCUGCAAAUUAGAAACGAUUCAGCACUGGUUCUUACCAGCAAUGACACAAAUACUUUCCUAUCUGUAUAUAGAAUAAGAAGACGAUACGCCCGAUAUGGAUCUUCAAGAGAAGAAAGGGAAGGGGAUUGGGGAAUCUGUUUUUGAUGACCAGCGAGUUAGUGACCACUGGUCACUGGUCACUCGCCACUGAGUCA